AUGUCUGACCAUUCGAGACGGCGGUCGGAAAAAAUUGAACAGCUCGUACGGUCUAUCGUUGUGCAGACCUCUAGCAAGAGGUUCGAGAGGAUUCUCACUUGGACAAAGAAACAAGCAACUGCCGACCAUAUUUCUAUCGACAAGGAUGCUGUAUUGAACGCAUAUGAUGGCCUUAUUGAAAAAUUUGACGUUUUGGGAAGAUCGGAUUUAUCCAGUGCGUUGCAAGACCGCAUCGAGGAGUUGACGCCCAUGGUAGAUAACAAAGAUGGAUACUCGAGCGCGCAAUGUCUAGCUUUAAUCAAAGAUCUUUCUGUUGACCCAUGGCGAUACCCACUGGUGGAUUUAAAGGCAAGGGCUGACCUACCCAGAGCUGCAGGUGCGGUACCUCUGACUUGGAAGGAUAUAGUUGACAGUGAACCGCUUGAAGGGCCACACUGGGAAGAAGUAUCUGAAGAAGAGACUUUGUCCGGUCUGGAAACUGAAAGUGAUGAUAAUGGGGCAGAAAAUAGUGUACCAGAUCCGAGCAGGCCAGUGACACAGCCUGCGAGAAGACCAAGUGCUGCUCGGAAUCCAGCUCCGCAGGCAUUUAUAUAUCCAGAUCCCUACUCUGCCCUUGAGGCUAUUCGUCUACCUUCAUAUGGCCAAUCGCAUUUACCAUAUUGGAUGGUGAAGGAUGAUGGUAUCAGUACUCCUCCAGUUAUAUCCACAGCUGAUAUUCUGCGGGAGAUUGUCUUUGCAUUGUUAGGUCUGCCAAGUAGCGUGUUCACAAGAACUACCAUUGACAAUUUUAAUAUAGUAGUUGUCGAUGAAGCUGCUGUUUCUUUCUUCAACCUUCCACAUCUCUCUACCGAAGCCCUCUUGUCAAUACUAAGGGAAUUCGCUAACUUUGCUUCAAUAAUAGCGCAACUACGACAAUUUUCUUUAAUUUAUUUCGUUAUGGAGCACUUUCAAUCAUUUGAUUACAAGAAUAUUCUAGCUAUUCUAGACGAAAAUUGUCGUAAGAUAGAAACGAGUAUACUGGAAUUUCAAGAUGAACUUCAAAAUGAUAAAAAUUCUACAGUUUCACUUCUAUCUUUUGAGACAUAUUGCCGUCAAUUGUUACUUCCCUAUACCGCAGUAGUGUCCAUCAUCAAAACUGUUUGUGCAGAGAGUUAUAAGAAAGUCACAGUAGUGUCAUUGCUGGACACAUUAUAUGAUAGACUAUGUACCAGCGACAUUUCAGGCGACGAUUAUUACGACCUAUUAUAUGACAUCUUCUGCCGGGUUCUUCAGGACUAUAUAGAACAACUACGUCCAUGGUUGGAGAGCGGGAUAGUCCCUCAAACACGGUCAUUUGUUGUCGAGGCGGUACCUGAUAAUAGACUUCCGACAAGCUCUGGCCAAUUUAGAUUGGUGAAAGCAAACAUAGCUGAGUGUUUUAAUGGUUGCUCUAAACUGGUUUUGAGCGCGGGAAAGGCAGCCUAUAUUCUCAAAAUCUUAGCCUCUCCAGACAGUAUUAUAUCAGAUGGCAUAUCAAUACCGUCAAAGCUCGGAUUCUCUGAAACUAUUUCAGGUCUAGGAGGUAAAUCAGCGGGAAAUUUUGCAGACUCUCUAGAUCAAAUGCUACAUGCCUACUUUGGUAACAUUGAGCAGCGAAAUAAUGAGUUGCUAUAUAGGCGUAUUAUUUCUGAUUAUCAUUUGAAACAAAACCUUAUACAUCAAUUUGGGAUCUACUUUAUGUUUGAUGGAGUUUCCAGCGCUUUAUUUUUGGAACGGUUGUUCGAACGAAUAGACGACCGAUAUCCUAUUGAUAGAUAUUCCGUUGCUGAUAUUUUGGAAGAGACUUGGAGUUGCGAUAAGUUGUACCCGUUAUUCAAUAUUACCGCAGUAAUUGCCCAGGACGCACUGGAUUUUUCAAUAAAGAUUGACGUACCUUUAUCAACCACCGUAUUUAAAGAGAUAAUCACACACGACACCUUGGCGGUGUAUCAGUCGAUAUGGGAGCUACAAUUGCAUUGCCGACGAAUCUAUUAUCGUCUUUCCAGGAUGAGAGGAUUGCCGGUCAAAUUCUUAUUUAUUAACUUUCUCAAUGCAUAUAUGGUGUAUUUGCAGGAGUCUGUUCUCCGAAAAGAAUCCAAUCACUUGUUGUCAAAAUUGGAUUCACCAUGGCUCAGUUUUCAAGAGCUUAUAGAUGCUCAUCGAAUGCACCUUGAUAUUAUUUAUAAACGAAGUUUAAUGGGAACUCAUGCGAGGAAGGCACUGUGGGAGCUGCUUAGUUAUGGAUACACACUUGAUCAUACAGGUGCCCCAGAGCUCAGAGUUUUUACACAACUCUAUGAACAGUUGCAAGCUUCUUUUACAGGAAUAGAUGAUCCCGUAAUUCAGACCCUUGCUCAACUAUUAAGUCCAGACAGUCAAAUUAAAAUUAAGGAAAAUCAUGCUAUUUCAUGA